CUGUCAGCAACCGCGUCACCGCGGCCGCAAUGAAACGCCGAGUGUGUCUUUUAAACGUCGUCGGUAGAUCGUGCCCACUGUGCUGUACGGGGACACCACGCGAGCCCACACAGCCUCGUUGUAACAGUCCAAAACGAGCCAGUGGGAGGCAGAGAGUCAGGGGCUGUAAACAGACCACCAGAUUGAUUUGAUGUUUAGACCCGACGGGCAGCUCCUGACUGCGAGUGGUUCUCCUCUGCUGCAGUCAGCCAGUGGCAGGAAGUGCUGUCAGCAUGACUGGAGCUGCACCGGCCGGAGGAGAUGACACCUGCCUGCAUGAGGCUGCAGGUCUUGACUGGAUGGACAACCAGACAGUGCUGGCGGUCCAGUCGCUGCUGGACGGCCAAGGCGGAGUUCCGGACCCGAACAACCAGAACGUCUCUGGGACGCCCGCCAUCCAGUCCCUGGACGACGAGGACGUGUUCCUGUGCGGCAAGUGUAAAAAACAGUUCAACUCUCUGCCGGCCUUCAUGAUGCACAAGAGGGAGCAGUGCCAGUCCAGUGCCCCCUCCCUGUCCACAGUUUCCUUGGCCUCCACCAACGCCUACACGCCCGUCCCAUCAAUUAGCGCUGGGCCACAGACUCCCGCCAACCGACAGGUGUCCACCUACAUCACAGUCCCCCCAUCGCCUCUCACACACACUCUGGUCCAAGGGAACGUGCUGGUCAGUGACGACGUUCUCAUGUCGGCGAUCUCGGCAUUCACCUCCAUCGACCAGCCCAUGGCCUCCAUGCAGCCGCCUGUACAGAGUAACCUGAGCAUGCACACAGCCGGCGUGUCUUACCUCCAGCACCAUCACCACCACCACCAUCACCAUCAUCAUCAUCAACAGCAGCAGCAGCAACAACAGCAGCAACAGCAACAGCACCAACAGCAACAGCAACAGCAACAGCAACAGCAGCAGCAACAGCAGCAACAGCAGCAGCAGCAGCAGCAGCAGCAGUCGUCCCACCCCCUCCCCCCUGGCCAGGCACCGGCUCACCCGCUGCCGGCCGGCCAGCCGGCCCAGCAGCCGCUCUCUUCUCAAGUCGCAGCGAGCCACAGCAACUCGGUGGUCCAGGUGUACAGCACACUGCCCCAUAUGGCUGGUGGGGGUGGUGGUGCAGAGAUCCACACGCUGGGUCUGCAGCCUUUCCAUCCUGUACACGUGCCCAGUCAGUGUGUGGAGAGCCAGUCCUUCACCACCCCUCCCGUCUACAGCCCCGGGAAGCAGGGGACCAAGACAAAGACCUGCAGCAUCACCAGCAACCUGACGGAGCUGGGCGAUUUCGAGAAGGUCAUCAUACCCAAGCGGCCGAGGAGCAGCAGCAAAAAGAGACAGGAUGGAGCAACAGCAGAGCAGCUGAAGGGAAAGGGCCCGAAGCUCAAGUGUAACUUCUGCGACAAAAUCUUCUCGAAAAACUUUGAUCUCCAGCAGCACAUCCGAAGCCACACGGGAGAGAAGCCGUUUCAGUGCAUCGUCUGCGGCCGAGCCUUCGCCCAAAAGUCCAACGUGAAGAAACACAUGCAGACGCACAAGGUUUGGCCUCUGGGCGUCGCCAGCUCGGUGUCCAGGUUACCAGUCACAGUGAAGGUGGUGCCGGUGUUGUCCAGUGAGGAGGAGGGGGGUGGGGAGCAGCAGCAGCAGCAGCAGCAGGAUGAGCUGGAGGAGGACGGGCCUCAGCAGCAGACGCAUCAGACACAAGAAGAGGAAGAGGAGGAUCAAACAGAUGCACCAGGGGACUUGGAGGAGAGUUCGCCUGAGGGUGGGUCUGACCCGGAGGGCAGCCAGGGCGAGGCGGCGCAGGACGGGCCCCCGCAGGCGCAGCUGCUGCAGGUGCAGGUGCAGUCCAGCCAGAGCCAACAGAUCGUCUUGAUCGACAGCUCCUACCAGUGCCAGUUCUGCGCCAGCAAGUUCAAGACCUACUUCCAGCUCAAGUCCCACAUGACCCAGCACAAAGGGGAGCAGGUUUACAAGUGCGUGCUGAAGUCCUGCUCGCAGACGUUCCAGAAGCUGGAUCAGUUCUUGGAGCACAUCCGCACGCACCAGGAGCAGCUGACGUACCGCUGCCACCUCUGCAGCAAGGUGUUCCCCUCGCUGUUUGAACUGGGGGUCCACCAGUACUCCCACUGCUUCUGCCCGCAGCAGAGCGCGCACAAGGAAAUCACCGUCUACAGGUGCGUGAAGUGUCAGAGCAGAUAUUCCACCCAGGAGGCAUUGGAGCAACAUCUGCUGACGGCCUCUCACAGCUUCCCCUGCCCACACUGUCAGAAGGUAUUUCCGUGUGAAAGGUACUUCAGACGCCACCUGCCCACCCACGGCGCCGGAGGGAGGUUCAAGUGUCAGAUCUGCAAGAAGGCCUUCAAGACGGAGCACUACCUCAAACUCCACAUGCGUAUUCACUCAGGCGAGAAGCCGUACAAAUGCUCCCUCUGUGAGGCGACGUUCAACAGGAAGGACAAAGUGAAGCGACACAUGCUCAUCCACGAGCCGUUCAAGAAAUACAAGUGUCCCUUCAGGACUCACGUUGGCUGCACCAAAGAAUUCAACAGACCAGACAAACUCAAGGCCCACAUCCUGUCACAUUCUGGUAUCAAACCGUACAAGUGUCUGUUUUGUCAAAAGGCGUUCAGCCGCAGGGCCCACAUGCUCGAGCACCAGCAGUCUCACACGGACAACUACCGCUUCCGGUGCUCCACCUGCAACAAGGGAUUCACCAGACAGAGCUACUACAGGGAUCACAAAUGUCCCGCAGCGGGGUGCGGGACGGGAACGGAGGGAGGGGCUGGGGAGGCGGAGGGAGGCGAGGCGAUGGUGGAGGAGGAGCAGGAGAAGGACGGGGAGGAUGACGGGAGGUGCGGCAGGUUCUCCAGAGAGGCGGAAAGGCCAGGCGCCGGCGGAGACGACGGGGAGGAGGACGAGAGCUCAAAGUGCAGCCACGAGCGGCUGGGAAGACAUGAGGAAGACGAGGAGGAGGACGAGGGAGAGCGGACUGAUGAAGGUUGUCGAGCUGCGAUGUGUAUCACCACCAUUGGAGGGCACACAGAUAGAGAAGCAGAGGAGGAGGAGGAGGAGGAGGAACAUGAACAUGAACAUGGCGGCCAGGCCCUGGAGCAGGUUCAGAGCAAUGGCCAGAACUGUUUGCAGCAGCCAUGUUUGUAGUUCUUCAGCAUCGUCUUUGAACGUUUUCCAGGAACGGGACCGUCUCACAAACUCAGUCAUCCAUGAUUCGAUCUGAAAACAAGAGUCUGGGAAAUGAUUUGUUUUAAAUUAAAACGCUAUUUAAACUA